GGAUUCCUUUCGCACAAGACGCGGCGGGAAGAGCACGGCUGGCACAUCCAGAGCUCCGCAGCACAUCGGCAGGCUUCAUCCAUAGCCACAGAGGCUACGUGGCAUCUGCUUGUGUCCAGCGCGCGUCGCCGUCGCCAGCUGCCCAGUCGCUCGUUCUUGUGUGUCUGAUUGAGAGAGAGCGCCCCACAUCUGCUCGUCCUUGGUGUUGCUUGGGUUCCCCUCAUCAGUAGCUAGCCGGUUCGGUGCCGCCUGUAUGAGAAAGACUUCAGCUGUGCCGGCGACGAUGAGCUUCUCGCCGGAGGGUCAGUUCCAGCCCGCCAUCUACGUGCUGCACGAAAAUGCCGACUGGAUGGUACGCCGCCACACCCACAUCACACACACGCUCGAGGGAGACACAGAGGGAGGGAUACACAUCAAUGGCCGCGUUGAUGUGAUGUCUCCAACCGACAAUGGUGUGUGUGUGUGUGCGUGUGUGUGUGUGUGGUACGUCGUGCAGGAGCCGUUGCGUGAGGCGUUGUACAAGACGGAGGAGCCUGUGUACGAGUGGGACUUCUCGCCCGAGAAGUCCGACCUGGGACCCAUCGACCUCACCAAAGAACCGCCUCUAGGUAAGGACGAAGGGACAUGAUGACAACCAACACAGAUGAGAUGGCAUCACAUAUAUCGGCUAAUAUUUCCAUCACUUCACUUGCUCUGCUUGCGUGUUCCCCUCCCUCCCCACUUACACGUCGAUGCGUCAGGUGUGUUUUACAACCGGAUGUCGGCGUCGUCUCAGUACCGCGGGCAUCGCUAUUCGUGUGAGUACACCUCCGCCAUCCUCGGAUGGCUCACCGCUCACGGCCGGCCCGUCCUCAACGGCCCACAGGCACUCGCCCUCGAGGUCAGCAAGAUGGCUCAGUGGGCCGCCUUCCAGAGCGUCGGCAUACCCACACCAUACACCAUCGCCGCUUUCGGGGAGAACCAAAUCCUCGGUAAGUCGAGUCGACGUGGGAUAGUGGGCGUUUGGGUGCGGCGCGGUGCGGGGGAUGGGAUGUGCGUCACGGUCUGUGUGUGUGCGCGUGUGCCAUGUCAUGUGCAGAGGUGGCCAAGAAGCUCGAGAGGCAAGGGCCCUUCAUCCUGAAGCCCAACAGAUCCGGCAGCGGCAUCGGUACCAACUCACUCACCCUCACACGUGUUAUGGAUGGGUCUGGUACAAACGUAGAUCACGGAUGUGUGUUGUUUGUGCGCAUCGCAUCAGGUGUGCGUUUGUUCAGCAGUGCCAAGGAGGUGUCUGAGUACUUGCAGAGCGGCGAGUUCGAGAUGAGUGUGGACGGCAUCAUGCUGCUGCAGCAGUUCAUCGAGGCCCAGCACUACUACAGGCUCGAGUUCGUCGGCAAACAGUUCCUCUACGCACUCAAAGUCCAAACCGGUACGCACGCAAACCUCAUACAAGUGGCAGAAACAGAACCACGAACCCCACUCACCUGUUGGGUUGGCUGGCUGACGCGAUGCAGGUCAGCACCCGACGCGCAAGAAUUCGUUUGACUUUUGCCCGGCCGCCAAGAUCCACCCCGAAUCCAACGUGCAGGACCCUGACGAGGUCGAAGCCGAGGUAUAUGAGAUGAGAUGCGCACACCAGACACCAUCCACCACACCACACCACACCACACCUCACCUCUCCCUCUGUGUGUGUCUGUCUGUCUGUCUCUUGGUUGAUCAGUCUGAGUUUUCGUCUCAGUUUGUGGUGUGUCCCGAGUUCGACCACCCGAUCAUCCCCAAGAUCCUGGACCUCAUGCGGCAGCGGGACAUCGACGUCUGCGCCGUCGAGUUCAUCGAGGCGCAGGACGGAACCCCACUCGCAUUCGACCUCAACACCAACACCAACUAUAACAAGGUGGGUGCGGAUGGAUGGAUACGUGUCGGGCGGGCAAGGGGGUGACUGUUGGCUGAUCUGAUCUCUGUGUGUCUGUGAUGCUGUGUGCAGGGGGCUGAGGAGCGGGCGAAGCUGCGUGAUGCCGCCACUGGCGCGGGGGCCAUCGGUGAGAGAGACAAACGACACACCCGCGAUCCACUCACACACAUUCCGCUUUGUUUCUGUCUGUGUUCCCCCAGCAUCAAGUCUGCGUUGUGAGCUGUUCACAUUGCGCAAGAGGCUGCCGUCCAAGGCGCUGGCGCACCUGAAGAAGCAGCCGGCCAUCAAGGACAGGCGGCUGGCCCACAAGGUAGAGAAGCUCCACAGACGCGAGGCCAUGAUGCCGUCCCCCUUCCCCGCCAUGCGAUUCGCCUUCAACCUCCUCGAUAAGUUCCAGGUACACUACACACCCAUUUCGUCCACCCACAUUCAUCCAUCCAGCCAUCCAUCUGUCGCUCACUCGUGCGUUCAUUCGCUCGUUCAGACUGAGUCGUCGGCUGCCAAGUUCAUGGCGUUCGCGGACUACUAUCAGCCGCAGUUUUUGGUGCGUCCCGACAUGCCCGACGUGGAGCUCAUCACGGUCACCAAGAACCAGCGGCUGACGCCUGACGACUACGACAGGAACGUCUUCCACAUGGAAUUCGACACAAGCAAAACCAAACACGUCAGGCACUACAAGAUGGUGAGAAGGAAUGCAAUGCCGAGAGAGAGACACACGGACGGGAGGGAGGGAGGGAGGGAGGGAGUGUGAUUGAUGGGAUGGUCACUCGUGUGUUUUGUUGUGUGUCGAUCAAUCAGGGUGAUGCGUUGGCUGUGUAUCCGCUGAACCGCCGCGAGCUGGUCAGCGAGUUCAUUGACUUCUAUGACCUAGACCCCAAACAAGUCAUCUCGCUAGACGGUAUGUCACUCAACCUUAGUUGAGUGGGCAUCCCCUCCCCCCUCCCCUCCCACACCCACACACGGACUCUCCCCCCUCCCCUGUGUGCUGUGCAGGUGUGUUUGAGUUGGGCGAGGGCGUGACGGCGCUGACGACGGUCGAGCGGCUGCUCACGCAGAUCUUGGACGUGUUCGGGCGGCCCACUCGUCGGUUCUACCAGCUGCUGUACCCGUUUGCCACGGACGUCGAGGAGAAGGUGGCGCUGGCCGAGUACACCCUCGACAGGAAGAAGGACGACUUCCAGAAGCGGGUCGAGAGGGGCGUCACCUACUUCUCCAUACUCAAGGAGUUCCCCAGCGCCAGACCACCACUCAGGGAACUCGCCAAGUGAGUCGGUGGUGGAGGGAGGAAAGGAGGGAGGGAGCAUCCAUGUAUCUGUUGAUGUGUGCAUCGGUCGGUGUAUUGUGGCGUCUGUCUUGUGUACGUGUGUGACAUCUGUAGGAUGAUUCCGCCCAUCAAGUCUCGUUUGUACUCGAUAGCGUCGUCCAGCCUCAUGCACCCCGAUAGCGUUCACCUGCUCGUGGUCGAGGAGACAUGGGACACUGCCGACAACGAGCACAGGUAAAUAUAUAUAUAUGGGCGGCUGGGUGGUCGGGUCGGCAAAUGGGAUUGAUGCACGCGACAUGCAUUUUGUGGUGUGCUGUGGUGUGGUGUGUGGUCGAUCUGAUCUGUCAGGGCUGGUUUGUGCUCGAAUUAUUUGAGUGAGCUCAAGGUUGGCGACCAGGUGGCAGCAUCCCUCACCGACUCCCUCAUGCACCUCCCCAAGAACCAGGAAGAGCCCAUCAUCAUGGCCGGUACGUACCCUCCCCCUCCCCCUCCCCCUCCCCCCGCCUCCCUCUCUCACACCAGCACAUGCACAUCACAUAGAUGAAUGACGUCUGUUGCUCCCUUGUGUCUGUCUGUGCAGGUCUGGGCACAGGCAUGGCCCCCUUCCGAGCCUUCAUUGAGGAGAAGGCGUACUGGCAUCGCAAGGGCGUGAAGGUCGGCCCGGUGGUGCUCUACUUCGGCUCGCGCUACCGGUCCAAGGAGUUCCUCUACGGCGAGGAGCUGGAGGCCUACGAGAAGGAGGGCCUCGUCACCUCCCUCCGGCUGGCCUUCUCGCGCGACCAGAAGCACAAGGUGUACAUCCAGCACCUCAUGGCGCAGGACGGAGAGAUGCUCAACGACUACCUCUGCAACAGGAACGGCCACUUCUACCUCUGCGGGCCCACCUGGCCGGCCGAGGACGUCCGCCAGGCCAUCGAGGGGGCCUUCGUGCAGUACGGCGGGAUGGGCAGUGAGGGCGCGGGCGACAAGCUCAAAGAGCUCAAGGACCAAGGACACUACAUCCUAGAAGUCUACUGAGUAGACCGGCCUCUCUCUCUCUCUGUGCAUGCGUGUGCGUGUUGGUGGGUGCGCUGGUGCGGUCGCAUCUUGUGCUUUUUCUCGAUGCGCCCCGCAUUGCGUUCAAUGCGAUGCGGCCUAUCGAGACGUGUGUGUGUGUGUGUGUAUGUGUGUGUGUGCGGCUUUGGGUGGGCGUGAUGGCUGUGGUUGUGCUGUAAAUACCGUGGGCCGAUUUUGCUCGGGUGUGCAGAAGAGACUGGAUGGUUGUUGCGUAAGAUUAGGAGGUGCGAAUGUACGUGCGUACGGAAUGGAUAACGGCGACUGACUGAUCUGGCUCUCUGGCUUUCACUCACUGCAACUUACUUUUGCUCAAGGGUUCUUUUCCAGGGCCUGGGGUGUUGGGUGGAUGGUCGGGCUGUUUUCUUUUGGUACUUACUGUCUGCUUGUGCGAGAUCGGCCUGAGUGAGGCUGGGAUGUCCGCCUUCAUACGUAUGUGCCCAACAUCCCUGUCUGCCUUCCUGCCUGUCUGGCUUGUCUCUCUGCACGUGUGCGUGUGUCUGUUUCAAGCAGGCAGGCUGCCUUCGGCGGUGUCUGCAGAUUUUUAUCCCGGUUGGCUGUUGAAAGACUGGAUGGAUGGAUGGAUGGAGGCAGCGAAGAUGUGUGUGUGGGCCGCGUGCUUUGUUAUUACGUGUCAUCGCAGUCCGUCUUCCUACGCUCACGUGCCGCCAGGGAAAACUGGCGCCGCACGUGCGCGUGGGAGGCUGUGGUGAGAUGACACGUCACAACAUUGCCGCUGGAGUGAGUGAGACAUGUGCAGUGCACACGCCUUUUGCUGCACGGCGAGGCGGGCAGACAAGCAGUGAGGAAGGAAGGCGACACGCCACACGCGGAUGGACCACCAGCUAGAGGGGAGGGGAGUGUGUGAGGUGAACUGACUGAUGACUGGUGCUGUUGUAUCACGUGUGGUGAGUGAAAUUACCCCUGCUGCCUUCACGUGUAACCCGUGUAGUGUGUCUUGCUGUGACGUCGUUGCACCCUUCGACGAUCCGAAGGGUACGUCGGGGUCGCUGCCUGGCAGCCUUCACGCGUGUACGGGCGGAGGCAGGGGGGUCGAUGGUGGGUGAGUCAUCCCUUGCUGUACGUGCCACAUCUGUGUGUAUCUAUCUACCUAUUGAGUGUGUGGUCGUGAACAUAAGCUGGUUGACAGACAACGCAAUGCAAUGCGGCGGUGGUGCAUUUUUGGCUGCAUGACCCGUCCGUCUGGCUGUCAGUCUGUUGUGAGUGGAUGCCACCGGGGUGCGUGGGUGGGUGUGUGGGCGCGUACACUACCAUCAUCAUAUGGAUGUGAGGGUGGUGCUGGUCGGGUGGACACUGCCUUUUUGCACAAACCGACAUGCAUACCAUGCCAUGCUCAGACUCAUCACAUCACAUCCGGUCCCACUAAUUGAAUGGACGUCCAUGUACACACAGGCAGCAUUGUCGACACGGCAACCGGCGAUACAACAGGCGCCGUGACGUGCGCCAUACCCACGUGACGGUCCACAGUCUACACCACGCAACGGGGAGGGGAGGAACAGGGGAAAAUUCAGUGCAAAUGACACAACAAAGAGAAUCCUCACGACAGAAGGAGCUGAACGAGCUUCUGAGCUCGCAGGAUUGACCCCUUCCUGAGUUUUGCAGUGGAGCGGCUUCUUUCGGCCGUCGUUUAAAGACACCACGAGCAAGAGAGAGCCGAAGUCGCCGUCAACAGAUCAAUUCGGCAAGGUUGC